CGCACGUUCUUGGGAAACCCGAUUGGAACUGUUGUUUGAAAUUCCAGGACAAUCCCUCUGGGUCGCAGCUAUGAGCAUUUCGCCCCCUCCCACUCCAUCAAGGGCUCCAACGGAUGAUGAGUGGAGAUUCGAAGCUAUUACAUUACCCUGCGAGUGGAUCGAGGAUUACCAUCCAAGUGGUUAUCACCCCAUCAUUCUCGGCGACACUUUCAACAAUGGUCAGUACAAGGUUAUCCGGAAGCUCGGUGAGGGCUCAUACUUAACGGUUUGGCUCGCCCAUAACGAGAAAAACACUAGAUAUGUCGCUUUGAAGAUUCUUGUGUCCCAUCAAACGGGAUCGACAACCGAGCUAGACAUCUUACGACAUAUCACUAAAGCGGCGCCAAUAGAAGCUGCCGGCCACAUCACGGGACUGCUAGACGAGUUCGAACACUCCGGCCCCAACUGUGUCCACAAAUGCCUUGUAUUUGAGCCUAUGGGCCCGAGUGUGAAGCGUUCGAUGGUUGAAGAGCUACCCCAGUUCAAACCCCGGAUGUUUGGAAUGAAGGUACGCUAUCCGCCAUGGAUGGCGAAAAGCAUUCUGAAGCAAUCAUUGGAAGCUCUAGCAUUCUUGCAUCGAAAUGAUAUUGCGCAUGGAGAUUUUCAGCCAGGAAACAUCCUCUUCACUCUAAAAGAUCUCAACUCAAUGCCGGAAGAAGUGCUCCAGCAAGAGGAAAAUGUAGAAGCUGAGUCGAUCUCACCCCCGGUACAGAGGCUAGACGGCAAGCAAGACAAAUGGGCGCCUCGGUAUCUUUGCGUUGCGCAGCCUCUGUCGCCCUUCACACAUUACGCUGAAGGCUUUAAGGUCAAAUUGUCCGAUAUGGGCGGCGCAUAUUUCUUUUCAAAGCCCCCAGAAAAACCCGUCACUCCCCUUGGCCUUCGGGCUCCCGAGCUUAUUCUGACUGGAGCCGUUAAUAACACGCUUGACAUUUGGAGUUUCGGCUGCCUUAUUUUUGAGCUUAUCACCGGAGAGCCGCUCUUCUGCGUUCCAGGAUCCGAAUAUGAAGAUGAUGAUCAUCUUCUCUCCCUUACAGAACGGCUCGGUGCCCUUCCUGAUGAUUUAUUCACGCAUUGGAAGACCUCCUCGCUUUACUUUACGCCUGAGAGGAAGCUGUUUAAUUGUCAAAUCGGAGGAGUCGGUCCGGAAGAGGAACCACUUUUGGUGGAUCAGAUAUCCAUGGAGGAGCAGUUCGACUCGACGGAGCCGGAUAUUGAUUCGAAGGAAGCCGACGACGUGAAGGGACUCAUUCAAUGGAUUUUACAGUAUGAUCCUGCAAAGAGGCCAUCUCCUGCCGAGAUAUUGUCACAUCCAUGGUUCCGCAACAUUGAUGUUGGGCGCGUGUAAUAGAAGGGACUCAUUGACGGAUAAUACUGGUCUCUGCUGUUCUUCUCCCUUCCCAUUUUUAGUUCAUCUAUUGUGGUGUUUCAUUUUUUGUAUGAUACCGCGGAAAAUACUU